AUGCUCGCACAUCGUCCACGAUUUCGUGGUCGUCGUCCAAUUGGUUAUGGAGGAGGAGGAGGAGGAGGAAGAUUACCAAUUGAAUAUCAAUGGAAAGAACUUUGGCCAUCUGUUGUUUCUACAAUAAUUGGUACCUUGAUUAUCUUAUGUGGAUUUCUUCUUUUUGUUUUUGAAAUUGCAUCUUUAGCUCUUAUUGGCGAACUUGGCUUAGGUAUUGCUGGUGUUUAUGCAUCUGGUGUUGGAAUUUGGGCCGGAAUAUUUAUUAUGGCUGCUGGUGUUUUUAUUGCUAUUCUUAUUUGUAUGAAAUCAAUUCGUUUAUGGGCUUUUAUUGCACUUUGUGUAACUAUCGCUGCUACUGCUUUUACGAUUAUUGAUUUUGGAAUAAAUGCUGCAAGAGUUAGUGAAUCAUCAGUAACUCGUGACUUUUAUAGUGCUUCUACGAAUAUACGAAGUGCAGCUGGAUUAGCAGCCGCACAACUUUCUUUUGGUAUUAUUGCAUUCCUUCUGUGCGUUGCUUUUGUUGGUCUUUAUAUCUUUAUGUGUGUCAAAAUUACAAGACGCAGAUAG